AUGUCAAAAGACUCCAGUGGGACUAACGUUGAUAAGAGUCUCUAUAGGAGCAUUAUUGGGAAUUUUCUUUAUUUGACUGCCAGAAAACCUGACACUGACUUUGUUGUUGAUGUAUGUGCUAGAUAUCAAUCCUCUUCUAAAACUAGCCAUUUAUUCAGUGCAAAGAGAAUCAUCAAAUAUAUAGAUGGGACUAGUAAUUAUGGCUUAUUGAACAUCCUUAAUACCAAUAACGCUCUAGUUGGCUACUGUGAAAUUGAUUGGGCAGGUAGCUUAGAGGAUAGAAAGAGUACAUCCGAAGGUUGCUUCUUCUUAUGGAACAACUUGAUUUUGUGGUUCAGCAAGAAACAAAAUGUGUUUCUCUGUCUACAGUUGAAGCGAAAUAUAUUGCAGCAAGAAGUAGCUGUACUCAAUUGA